CCAUCCUGAUACGACUCACUGAUUGAUAGUUCCUUGCAUGCAACCAGUGUUUUUUUUAGCCAUUUUUGUUUCCCUCUAGAAUUAGUUACUACUCUCCUUCAAACAGCAUCUUUCCAAUUCCUCUCUUUGCGAUUGUACUCUCUUUGCACCUGUCCUUUUUACUCCAACUGCAUUCUUUCCGGUCACAGCCAUGGCUGUUUCUGCAAUUGGUUUCGAAGGUUACGAGAAGAGGUUGGAAAUAACCUUCUUCCCCCCUGGACUUUUUUCUGACCCUGAAGGAAAGGGGCUAAGAGCCCUCACCAAAUCCCAGUUGGACGAGAUUCUUGCACCCGCUGAGUGCACCAUUGUUUCUUCCCUAGCCAAUGACGACGUUGACUCUUAUGUUCUAUCUGAGUCCAGCCUCUUUGUCUAUGCCUACAAGAUCAUUAUCAAAACCUGCGGCACUACCAAGCUACUGCUUGCAAUCCCACCUAUCUUGAAAUUGGCUGAGUUCGUUUCUCUUAAUGUGAAAUCCGUGAGGUACACCCGAGGAAGUUUCAUUUUUCCUGGUGCUCAGUCUUUCCCUCAUCGCAGCUUUUCUGAGGAAGUAGCAAUCCUGGAUGGUUACUUUGGCAAGCUAGGGUCUGGCAGCUCUGCUUAUAUCAUGGGUGGUUCCGACAGCGAACAGAAAUGGCAUGUUUACUCUGCCUCUGCCGAAUCCGUGAGGCCAUGCGACUCUGUUUACACACUAGAGAUGUGCAUGACUGGCUUAGAUAGAGAGAAGGCACAGGUUUUCUACAAAGACCAAUCUGGUUCAGCUGCCAUGAUGACUGUCAAUUCCGGUAUCAGAAACAUCCUUCCAAACUCUCAGAUAUGCGAUUUUGACUUUGAACCUUGUGGUUACUCAAUGAAUUCUGUGGAAGGAGAUGCUGUUUCUACCAUUCAUGUUACUCCAGAAGACGGUUUUAGCUAUGCAAGCUUUGAAACAGUGGGGUACAAUUUGAAAGCUGUGGAUCUGAAAGAAUUGGUGGUGAGGGUGUUGGCAUGUUUUGAACCAUCUGAGUUUUCUAUUGCUGUUCAUGCUGACAAUGCAAGCAGGUCAUUUGAGCAAGGCUGUGUACUGGAUCUUAAAGGAUACGGUUGCGAAGAGAGGAGCCUCGAGGGGCUUGGAAUGGGUGGUUCAGUUGUCUACCAAAAGUUUGUGAAGACGGCUUCUGAAUGUGGCUCUCCUAGAUCAACUCUCAAGUGCUGGAAAGAUGAUUCUGAAGAAGAGUAGUUCAUUGUCUUUUAUGAUUUCUGUCUUUUUGAAUUGAAUAAGUCAUUGCCCUCAGGCUUUGGCAUCGUCCCCUUCAAGUCUUGUCUUUCAGGAUAUUAUCCGUUUUCAUUUUUUGUUUUUCUGGAUUUAUAAUUAUGAAUUUAUGAUGCUGGUUUCAUGUCA